AUGGAGUUCGAAGAUGAAAUGUACAUGGGUGGUGGUGCCGCUUCUUCUCGGUCUAACAGCCGGCCUCCGCACCGGUCGCGUUGUCAAGCCCCGCAGGAAUCUGUGAAGCAAUUCUGGGAACAGUUUAACACCAAGUACCCUGGGAAAGUGUACACAGUGCUGCCGGACAAUCCCUAUGCUCGGACUCGGGCGAAGCGGGUGCCCAACGGUGUCGUCCAGGGCCAUGAGGCUGUUAAAUCAUACGAGCAGGCUAAGCGAGAGUGUCUGAAGUCUGUUGAUCGAAUUGUGAAGGAGUGCCAGCGGGUGAAUCAGAAAUAUACGGAUCCUCAUUUCGAUAUCGAGUUAGAUCUGAAAUCAGGUCGGAAGAACUAUCUCUAUGGCCUGAAUCAGACAAAUGAGGAGAUGAGACCGCGGGGAGUAAAGAGAGUGACGGAAAUCUUUGAGAACCCCCAGUUCUACGUUAAUGGACCGACUGCAUCUGAUGUUCGUCAAGGCUAUGAUGGGGAUUGUUGGCUCAUGGCGGCGCUGUGCACCAUGGGUAACAAGUUAGAAUUGAUCGAGAGGAUUUGUGUCGCUCGUAAUGAGAUCGUUGGUAUCUAUGGUUUCGUCUUUUACCGCGACGGCGAAUGGCAACAGUGCAUAGUAGAUGACAAACUGUAUCUUCGUGCUGCGGAUUACGAUGAAUCGGUUGAUGAACGUCCUCUCUGGGAUGAUAUUAACGGCACAGAUGCGGAAGAAGAGUACCGACGAGUCUGGCAGACAGGCUCACGGGCGCUUUACUUCGCGCAAUGCGUGGACCCGAAUGAGACUUGGCUACCUUUACUAGAAAAGGCGUUUGCCAAGGCUCAUGGAGAUUACUCUGCUAUUGAGGGUGGCUUUGUCGGUGAAGCUAUCGAAGAUUUAACAGGGGGUGUCACUUCGGAGAUCCUUUCAAACGAUAUCCUCGAUAAAGAUCGCUUUUGGAAUGAGGAGUUGAUGAAAGUCAACAAAGAAUUCCUAUUUGGUUGUGGUUGUGGCAUGUUUUCAAACUGGUUGGAUCCCAAGUAUAAGGGCCCCCCACGAGACCGAAAGGGAAUCUCAGAGAACCAUUCCUAUUCGAUCAUGGAAGCUCGAGAAAUCAAAGGAUAUCGCUUGCUUCGGCUUCGAAACCCAUGGGGUAAAAAGGAAUGGCAUGGUGACUGGGGUGAUGGAUCUUCUCAAUGGACGGCAGAGUGGAUGGAGUUGCUCGGUCAUAAAUUUGGAAAUGACGGGUUCUUCUGGAUCUCAUACAAGGAUCUUCUUCGAAAAUAUCAGCAUUUCGACCGCACACGUCUCUUCGGGCCUGAGUGGACUAUCACACAACAAUGGACAACACUGAAUGUCCCUUGGUCUGCCGACUAUCAUAGCACCAAAUUUAUGAUGAAUGUGACUCAGAGUGGUCCGGUAGUCAUCGUUUUAUCCCAGCUUGAUGCCCGGUACUUCCAAGGACUUGCUGGUGAAUACAGCUUUGUGCUCAAGUUCCGUGUCCAGAAAGACGGUGAAGAGGAAUACAUGAUUCGCAGUCAUAGCAGCCACUUCAUGGGCCGGUCUGUCAAUGCCGAGAUCAACCUCGAGCCUGGCCGAUACCAAGUUCUCACGAAGAUCACCGCAUUCCGAGACGAAGAUGUCGAGCCAACUGAUGAGAUUGUCCGCCGUCUUGCAUCUGUCCGAAGGGAGAAACUCGUUCAAGUCGGUCUUUCUUAUGAUCUAGCUCACGCGAAGGGUCUAGUGAGAGAGACUGAACAAGAGCGAAAGGAGAAGGAGCACCGAAAAGCAUAUGAACGCAAGAAGCUUCGUGAAGAAACGAAGAGAAGGCUACAGAAGGAGUACAUCCGUGACCGUAAAAUGGCCGCGAGAGAACAACGCAUGGAUGCCCGUCGUUCCGGCCCAAUCCCCAAUGGCGCACCUCGUGGUCCUAUCCCGAGUCAAAUCCUGGCUGAAAAGCCCACCGCGUCGCCUACAGAAAGUCUCUCCAGCGAUGGCAGCGAUUUUAAGCCCAGCGUAAAUGGCUCUGUCCCAACUAUACAAUUUAAUGGACUCAAUGGUUUACACGCUCGCCAUGCAUCAACUGGCUCCCACCGAAGACGAACUGAGUCGCCGCGACCAAGUCUUAAUACUCGCCUCGCGACAGACAUGUUGGAAAUAAGUGAUAUCGAAUGGCUAGAGGGCUUUGAAUUUGACAGUGACCUCGAUAUGCCCCCAGAGGAUGCAGAACACAAAUCACGCAGUCCAAUGCCCAAAAUCGAGGGACCUGCUGCUGAUCCUUGGAAUGCUGUCUGUGUGGUUGGUCUGCGAGUUUACUCGAAGGACCCGAAACUCAGCCUGGAGGUAAUACAACCGAUACCAGAGGACGAAACUGAAGCUCCCCUGGAUAUGGAUGAUCCAGCUGCAUCUGCGACGAUUGAGAAGUCAUUUUGGAACCACAUGGUAAUCUAG